CGGUGACAUUUGCAUUCAUUGCGGCUAUUUCUCUUGAGCCAUACAGACGCUGCCGGAGUUUUUAUCAAUUUUUUUCGAUUUGUUUUGGAAAUAAGACGUGGUUAAAAUGGGUGAAAAGAAUAAUGAUCAGAGUAUUAUGGAUAAAUCCAUGAGGUCGGUCUUCGUUGGAAACAUUCCAUACGAAGCCACCGAAGAGAAGCUGAAGGAGAUUUUCAGCGAAGUUGGUCCAGUUCUUUCAUUGAAGUUAGUAUUUGACCGAGAAAGCGGCAAGCCGAAAGGGUAUGGCUUCUGCGAAUAUAAGGAUCAAGAGACCGCAUUGAGUGCAAUGAGAAAUUUGAAUGGUUAUGAAAUCGGUGGUCGUACGCUUCGUGUUGAUAAUGCGUGUACGGAAAAAUCGCGUAUGGAAAUGCAGCAACUGUUGCAAGGUCCACAAAUUGAGAAUCCGUACGGUGAACACUGCGAUGCAGAGCAGGCACCAGAAAUCAUAACAAAAACUGUGACCUCGUUGCCACCGGAGCAAAUGUACGAAUUGAUGAAACAGAUGAAGUUGUGCAUUCAAAAUAAUCCAACGGAAGCACGGCAAAUGUUGCUACUCAAUCCACAAUUGGGAUAUGCGUUGCUGCAGUCAAUGGUCGUAAUGCGUAUCGUUGAUCCACAAACAGCGGUGACUAUGCUGUUCCGAGCUAAUCAAAUGCCGCCAGUGCUAUCGAAUAACUCGUCAAUGAUCGGGCAAACGAUGCCACAGAACACAAACAACUCGAUCAAUCCAUUGGGAAUGGCUAAUCACUCCAAUCACUUCCCUGUCAGUCAAGAUGUGGAUCUACGCAGCAUGGGCAUGGAUCCUCGUCUCAAUCGUAAUAUGGAUUUGGAUAUGCGUUCAAUGCCGGGCAAUUCAGUUGGUAACUCUAAUUCGAUGAUGGUUGAUCCGCCAUUUAUUCGGCAAUCAACAAAUCAAGCGCGACCAGUACCAGUGGCUCCACCAUUCCAAACUGAUCCACGCCAACGUACCGAUCCUCGCAUGAAACCGCAACAAAACAAUCAACCACCACCGCAACAACCAUCGUCAGCACCAAACCGUGGUGCUCCAACGAAUGUUCCGACUGGCGUUAUUCCAAACGAUGCAUCGGACAAUGAAAAGGCACAAUUGAUUAUGCAAGUGUUACAAUUGUCAGACGAACAAAUUGCAAUGCUAUCGCCAGAGCAACGCGCCAGUAUACUCGUAUUGAAGGAACAAAUCGCCAAAAGUACACCAAGAUAGAUAAGAUAUAUCUCAAAAUUCGAAUGAAAACCCAUUUUAAUCUUUUUGACCAAUUUUAAUGUAUCUCUUAUCACAGCUAAUCAAAUAAAUUUGCAACAAACGAUGA